AUGGCGCAACGCUCCCACACCGAGGGUUGCCGGCCUGGCGACCAACUCGUCGUAGUGCAUGAGUUUCUAGCCAGGAGUCCCGACGAGCUGAGUCUAAGGAGAGGCGACCGCAUCGAGCUUAUCGAGCGCGACGACGACUUUGGUGAUGGCUGGUUUCUAGGCAAGAACACAGAGACAGGAGAGAAUGGCCUGUUUCCUGAAGUAUACACACGGCCAGCACCAAAACCAACGCCAAUCCCGACUAUGCUCUCGCGCAAUCCCUCACAAAUGUCUGUGCGAUCAGAGAAACUAUCAGGUCCUCCCGGCAUGGCCAUCUCUGAGCUGCCGACCGCACAGCCACCGGCUACCACGAGCGCCCCUCCACCUUUAAAAUCAGCUCCCACGGAGCCCCUGAACAUCGCGUCGGGGCCAGAAGUUGCACGAAGAACGUCAAUACAGAAUGGCCCGAGGAGUAUCAGCAUGACGCUGAAUGGAGAAGCGCCGGCCGAAGACGAGACAAUAGGAAGCCCCGUCAUGCACGAAACGCUGAGCGUCAUUGACGAGCACAUCACGGGCAUGAGCACGCCAAGGCACAGCGCGGUAGGGAAGGAGCUACGGUCCAAUGACUCAGGAAGCGAAUACAGCAGCCACCACCGACUGUCAUACAUCAACGGACAGGAAACGGACGAGGAGGAGCAGAACUGGCACACCGAGGAGGAGGUCAAGACGUGGUCGCCUGCGCGCGUUGCCGAAUACCUCGAAGAUGUGGGUGUAGAGAAGAAGCACUGCGACGUGUUCCGAGAUCAAGACAUUGAUGGCGAGGCGCUGCUGGGCGUAGAUCGCAACUUCAUCUUCAUGCAAGAAUUCGACCUGGGCCCUAUGGGACCACGACUGCGCACGUGGAUGAAGAUUAACGCGUUGCAGUCAGAGGUCAAGAACGCGAAGGAGGCGGAAGCUGCGAGGGCUACAAUGCUCCUGCCGCCUGUGGAGAGCCCCGACGAGUUUCCAGCGGACAUGGGAAGGAGCAGGGCUGCGUCCACUGGGGCGGUCCUUCCUCGAAUACCGACACUUAGGGAAAGCAUAGGAUCCCGCGGCAACACUAGUCGCCAGCAUAUCCCGCGUGCAGCCUCGUCUGCAGGGCGGUCGUCAACCAUCGACGCGACUUCUCCACUCAUCCAGCACACACCCGCCUCACCUACGCUCGGUUCGCCUGUUCGACCCUCCGCUGCUUCCGUCCGGAGCAUGAAUCACAGCAGGCGCCAUUCUUCUAUCGACUACAACCAGGGGCCUCCUACGCCUAGUACACCCAGUCUGAUGAAGCCACCCACAUCUGCAGCCAUGCACGCACACAAGAAGACACCCUCCUUCGAUCGCAACUGGACCAUGGGAUCAACGGCCAAGUCAGCACAGGCACAGGAUCUUAUGAGGCCUGUUUCGUCACAUCACGCGCAUGCUUCCAGUACCAACGGAACUGCAUUUGACUUCCGCGAGGCUGGCUUGAACUCUGGGGAUCUGGAUCGUGGCUACUUCUCUGGCGGCGAGGUUGACAACCGCAAGAACAGGAACGUGCUGCGUAAGAGAGAAAGCACGGGCGGUCACUCGCGCAAUGCAAGUCACACCACCGAAGCUGGUCGUGCCUCGUUCAGUCGUCGGCACAGCAGGAUCGGCAGCGCAGAUUCAGCUCUUCGGCCAGCAAGUCCAAUGUCUGUCGCCGCGCAAAAGUACUACGGUACGAGCAUCAAAAGUGACCGCAGCUCCAGUGCAUUCGACUUUGUACGGCCUCUCAAGCCAGCGAGCGACAUGCAUCCCACAGUGACCAAGCUCGCGUACGACUCGCACAGCAUUGACGCCAUCGCAAAUUCGCCUAAUAUCGCAGGUAGCGAGACCUCAAGCACAGGUCGUGCAUCGCCUUCGCCCGCUGCUGCACCAUCGCAUACACGCUCAUUCUUCAGCAGCAAGAAAUCUUCACAAUCCAGGGGUCUUCGAGCGAUAUCGGACGCAAUCACUGGCGGCGAGAAGGCGAACUUGAGCUCUGCUGAUGUAUCAGCCUCGCAGCACAAAGACUCGCCGAUGCAGUCGCCUUCACGCACAGGUUCUAGCACACCUUCUGGUACCUCGUUGUCGAAGAGUUUCGAACUUGAGAAAGCAGAUGCCAACAGACGGUUCACCGCUGGCUCCACUACCUCCAAGGAAGGAAAGAAGAAGGCCAAGAAGCAUGGCACCAGUGCAUAUCUCAAGGGUCGUCAGCAGAUCACUCCACAACAAGCCAUGGAGAACUGCGACUAUAGCGGUUGGAUGAAAAAGAAGUCUUCGAGUCUCAUGACAACAUGGAAAACACGAUUGUUUGUGUUACGUGGACGUCGCCUUGCGUACUACUAUACCGAGAAUGACACAGAAGAGAAGGGUCUUAUCGACAUAUCAUCGCAUCGUGUGCUACCAGCGAACAACGAGAGAAUGACUGGCCUGCACGCGUCUCUCACAGGUGCGGCCUCGUCACCUACAUCCCCGCACAAUGCCACAAUACAGACAACGGCAUCUGCGGACAGUGCUAAGGGUAUCCUGGGGUUGGAGGAGGACGUCUCGGGCAUGUUCAUCUUCAAGCUCGUACCACCUCGUGCAGGACUACAAAAGGGUGUCCAGUUCACCAAACCUAUCGUGCACUACUUUGCGGUAGACAGUCUAGCUGUCGGCCGACUUUGGAUGGCUGCACUGAUGAAGGCUACAAUUGACCGCGACGAAGCGCUUCCCUUUACAACCACGUACCAGCAAAAGACCAUCUCACUCGAGAAAGCACGCGCCAUGCGUCAACGUCCGCCAAAUCUCAUGGACGAAGACGGAAUGGAAGACGCCGAACGGAAGAGCGAGAUCUCUAAAGAGAGCAUCCAAGAAAGCACUAUCCACGAAGAAGACGAGAAAGGCCUCGCAAUCUCAGGACUCGAUGACGCCAAAGCUCUGCUCGCGUAUGCCGACAGCCCGGGCCCUCACGCGGAACACAAGCCCGACAGUACCGCCACAGCAAUUGCGAUGUGA